CCAUCCUGCCAGCAUGCCCCGGGCAUCACCACUGCCAUGGUCACCAUGGGGCCGGCCUGGUGUGAAGACCUUGGUCACUGCUGGGGUGUUUGUAACCAUGCUCUGGAACCUGAGGUGCUUCCUCAACCCCUCCAAUGGCUCCAGAGAAGACUCCAAACACACAGAGCCACUGCUGGUGCUGGUGUGGGAAUGGCCCUCGAAGCAGGUCCCCAGUGUCAGUGGGGACGUGUGCCACGAGCUGUACGGCAUCACAGGCUGCUGGCUCACCACAGAGCGGCAGCUCCUGCACCAGGCCGAUGUGGUGGUGUUCCCCCAUGCCCGGCUUCAACCUGGGCAGGACAGGCUGCCCAAGGAGAGACCACCAAGGCAGAACUGGGUAUGGGUCUCCCUGGAGUCCCCCUCCAACAGUAGAGCUCUAGCAGGAUGGAACCAGACCUUCAACUGGGUGAUGACCUACAGGCAGGACUCAGACAUCUUUAUCCCCUAUGGCAAGCUUGUGCCCAACCACUCGGCCACUGUGAACAUCCCUGCAAAGACCAACUUGGUAUCCUGGGUUAUCAGCAACUACCACAGGACUCAGAAAAGAGCUGAAGUCUACAAAAACCUCUCCAGGUACCUCCAUGUGAAUGUAUACGGGAAAGCAAACAACAAACCCCUCUGCAAGGACUGCCUCUUGCCAACGACAUCCAAGUCCAGGUUCUACCUGGCCUUCGAGAACUCCAUCCACCGGGACUACAUCACAGAGAAGCUCUGGAGGAACUCGCUGCUGGCCGGCACUGUGCCCGUGGUGCUGGGGCCACCCCGGGCCAACUAUGAGCAGUUCAUUCCUGCCGAUUCCUUCAUCCACGUUGAUGACUUCAACUCCCUGGAGGAGCUGGCCAUCUUCCUGAAGACCAUGAACUCCAGCCGCUACCAGCAGUUCUUUGCCUGGCAGAGGAGGUUCAGUGUGAAGCUCUACACUGACUGGAGGGAGCGGAUCUGCACCAUCUGCACCGCUUACCCCCACCUGCCCCGCGGCCACCUCUAUCCCGACCUGCAGAGCUGGUUCAACUCCUAGUGUGUGCCGGGACCAUUGGGGUGUAUCCAGACAGAGGAUACAGGGGUGGGAGGAGUGUGAGGUACCCACCUGCAGACCAGGAUGUGGGGCACGGAGAGAAGGGAGGUCCACUCUUGUCCCAACCCAGCUGUUGCCACACUGGGACCUUGAGCAACUCCCCAUGACUUAAUUUUCCUGAACCAAUGUUGACCAUCUUGCCAGAGUGCUGGCAGGACCAGAGGGUGCUUUGGAAAUAAA